AUGGCGCGUGCCCGUCAUCACAGUGCUGGGCGCACAGGGCAGACAGAGUCCCUGCUGUUCACUGGUCAGCCAGCCCAGCACUGGCCAGCCAGCAAAGCCUAUUUGCCUGUUCGCACUUCUUCAGAAAUUAGCUUCUCAAGAGGGGGCGCUUUCCCCGUUACUGGGGGAAGCAGGGGCUCUGAGAGCUACGGAGGAGACCGAGGUGGCGCUGUCACCUCCGAUUGCUGCAGUAAAACCCGGAGCCUAGGCAGAGAUGGGAGAGGGGGGAUGGGUAUCGCCCUCCCCCUCGCUUCAGCGGGGAGCUUCGACUCUACCAAAGGGGCACCGUCCGGCUGCAAAGUGAGCCCGGGGGUUGCGCCCAGGCAGCUGUCAGCUCACCAGUUGUCAAAGGGCAAAGGAAGAAAACAAGCCACUUUAGCACUGGCACCUAAUUCUGACGCCUUUGGAACCUGUAAAACAAUCCCUCACCCUCCCAGUUACAGUCACCUUCCUCCAGGUAGUAGAGAGGUUAAGGUUGAAAAACUACCCCCACCCUUCCCCGCGGGAAAGAGUAGGAGGACCGUGCCUAGAGAACUUGUGUGGGUUCACUCACAAGUGCAGGGAAUUCAUUUGCAGACGAAUGGCCGGAGGGCAAAUUGGGAAAGGGGGCCGGCAGGCAGCAGGGUGCCGCAGAGUCGCACAGAGCCGCUCUGGGGCUGGCGUUCCUUGCGCGCAGCAUCUUCGCUGGAAACCCGCAGCCAGACCUUGAUCGAUCUCCUUCUUCCUCAUCCCGGGGAAUGCUUGCGUUUGACUCUGUGGUUGGGCGCUAAGGGCGCACAGGAUCUGGAGGCUCCUCAUCCUGCAUAUUCGACCGAAUUUUUUUUUUCUGUCCAAGAUCCAGGGGCGUCCGGGGACGGAAGCCUCUCGAUUAAUGAACAUUUGGGCAGCAUCUGCCAUUCAGCUUCCACUCCAGGAGGGGGAGGCAUCAUAGGCUCCACUGGACCGAUUGUGCUGAAGCGCGAAUUUGAGCUUCUGGCAGCUUUCUGCUCUUUCUCACAACACACUUUCAGCAGGAUGGGAGCGCCAGUGUUACGCAGAGGGAGCCUUACGCUAUUGGGCGGCGGUGUCUCCAUGCAGGAAGAAGGGUGUCCCCCAAAGCUGAAGACUGACACUGCCUCCCACAUCACUGUGCAUCCGUGGAAAAGGAGACGUAGUUCUUCCCUCCAUGAGCUUGUGAAAUGGGUACCUUUUGCAACUACUUUAUGUAAAGGAUGGAAGAAACUCACACUGUUGCCAGGAGCGUCCAGACCACUAAGCGUGAUAUUGAACGACAACAGCAAAAAGGCACACGGGCACACCUUCAUGUUUAUCUGAUCACCCCCCAAGGAGAUAAAAUACUGUCUGUGUUGUCAUAAGAACACAGCACUGAGUCAUAGGAUAAAGGUCAUCACAACUUAAAAGUAGAAAUGAUCUCCAGUCUGCACCAGGGCAGAUCAGGGUCUGCCACUCUCAAUACGCCAGUUUGCAGGUCUCCCAGAGCUGCUGCAGCCAGGGUAACAGGCAGGAACCUAGCAUGGUUCUCCUCCGGGAGGCCCAACCAGCAGCUGACUGAGACCCAACCAUUGGACUGAAAGUUGGGGACCCGUAUUGUUGAUUUAAGGGAAGGUUGGAAGAAGCUGAAGAGGAGGGCAACCCCAUGGAAGACCAGCAGUCUCAAGUAACCCAUACCCUUCGGAGCUCACAGACACUGAGCCACCAACCAGGCAGCAUACAAGAGCUGGUCUGCCACCCAGGACACAUACAUAGCCGAGGACAUGCCUAAUCCUCAGAGACUUGAGACCCCAGGGAGUGGGGA